CGAAUCCCUCAUACAUGAGUUUUACCUAAUAUCUCAGUCAUUUACUUUUGAAGUAGCAAAGAAGCACCACGUCCAGCAGAUCCCGUCUUGUUCAUACUAUUUCAGUUCUGUGCUCAAGAGAUGAGGCGGUUUCUCUUAUUCUGCACUCUCUGCCUCAUGGCUCCUAUUGGCUACAGUCAGCUUCAAGGUCCCAAAGGUGAAAUAGGAUUUCCUGGGGCCCCUGGACUUCAGGGACCACCUGGUCCAUCUGGACCACCUGGACUGACGGGAAGUCCUGGAAUUAUGGGACCACCUGGACAACCUGGACAACCUGGACAACCUGGACGACCUGGACGACCUGGACAACCUGGGUUUCCAGGAGCGCCUGGACGUCCACAACCACUUGGAUCUUGCGUAACGCAUACACAAGAUUCAACUGGCUCCAGUUGCCCAGACCUUGCUAAGUUGGAGUUGGCCAUAAACUACGACUUUGUCCGGAAAGUUGGUCAAAAAUACUUUGUGUCCUACAAGGAGAGAGACUCUUUCUCCAGGGCCAUUGAGUUCUGCUCCCAACAAGGCUUAGAGCUGGCUUUACCCCAGAACAAGGAGGAGAACACUGCACUGACUCAGGUGUUUGGGGAUGUUUACAAAACGGUCUGGAUCAAUGUCAACAACAAAAAAGCAGAGGGCGAUUUUGAGACUGAUAUGAAUAACCGACCUCUGACCUUUACCCAAUGGGGAGAAGGGCAGCCAGACAAAUCUGUCGAGGAUACAGGCUGCACCAUGCUGUCAGAAAACGGCAUCUGGAGAGUGACACGUGAAUGCUUCCUGAACGCUUACAUCAUUUGUCAGAUAUAGAAAUGUCUCAGAUCCCUUGCAAGUCUCGCUUUAAUGAAAAGUUUUUCAUAUACUCAAACAUGAGCCUGCAGUACUUCAUAACUUUCAUAACUGUAGGUGGGUAGGGGGGCAGUAUAAACUGUAGGAGAGAAACUCAUCUUUAUGCUUCGUGUCAUAUCCAGAGAAUUUUUAAAAAUCACUUGGAAACUGCGUCAAGGACCCAGUUCAGGAGCCAUUUCUAUGAUAAGUAUUUGCUUUCAGAUGUAAUAAUUUCCAAAAACUAUUUUACAUGUUAAUCUAAAAAAGUAUAAUUGUAUCAGUACUGUUACAUGCAAGGACAUAUUCCUAUAGAAACAAGUAUACAAUAAAGUGUAA